AUGUCAAGGCCACGAACGCCGACAGCGGUGCCUUCAUCGCCAUCGGGCGACCGCGGCUCCGUCAACGAGGGACGGGGUGAGGCCGCCACGAGCCUCUGGCGGGGACAGAAGCGACGGCAUUAUGACCACGAAAGCCAGUCGCUGCACCGCGUCGUCAUGGCCAGCACAACGGUCGAGAUGGGGACAUGGACAAGGCGCCGGCGGCGAGGGCUGUCAUUCAGGGCGGCCAUCGCCACGCCCCGAGUGGGACGACAAGGGCCGCAAUCCAUGUCCAGCCGCCGGCGGCAGGUCCCUGACGGGAGGUCGAGCGCAUCAUGGACGCCAGGCCAGCAGUUGGCGGUAGGAGCAUGGAGCGGGAGAAUGCCUACCAGCUGUACCAGCAGCUCUUGGUGGUCAUUGUCGGAAACCCAACCGUGGCACUGCCGACCCUUCGCCGGCACCAAGAUGAGCCAAACCUCCGACGUAGCGGCUGGGAGAGUGACUGUCAAUGACCAUUCUUCGAAUAUUAGUCGGGGUCAAAGCCGCUACAGGUCCCUAGCCACUGGCCAUGCGGAGGAUACAACGAACGUUGUCGUUGCCCUACUAGCUCGCCAUAUCCUCGUUUAUUCUUCUGCCGAUGGCGCAGUUGCUCUGUAA